AUGACUGCUGAUGAAAUUCGUGGUAUGGAUUUUGGUAGUGUUGACGAAGCUUAUGAAUUUUAUUAUCAAUACGGUAAAUGUAAAGGUUUUUCCGUUAGGAAAAGUGAUGAUAAGAAAAAAAUAGGGCCUGAUGGUAGUAAAAUAAUAACAAACAAGCUUUUUGUAUGCAGUAGACAAGGUUUACGAGAUAAGAGACACAUAUCUAGGUUAGAUAGGAAAAGAGAGCACCGACGUUUGACACGUACGAAAUGCACGGCUAGGUUUCGUGUGACAUACAAAGCCGAUAAGGGUAGAUUUGUAGUGUCUGUGUUUGAAGAGACUCAUAACCAUGAAUUAACAUCAGCUAGGUUUGUGCACUUACACCCGGUUUAUCGUAAGAUUAGCGAAGCAGAUAGAGCUCAGGUUGAUGGUAUGCAGUCACGUGGAAUUAGAACUUGUCAUAUUAUGGGGUACAUGGUUGCUCAGAAGGGUGGAUAUGGUGGUGUUGGGUUUACGAAGAAAGAUCUUUAUAAUUAUUUUGAUAAAAAAAUGCGUGAUAUUGUUAAAGAUGGUGAUGUUGCCGCAUCGCUACAUUAUCUUAAUGCAAAGUCAGCUACUGAUCCCAUGCUCUAUGCUGAAUAUGCUGCUGACACUAGCAAUGGACGGAUGAAGUCUCUUUUUUGGGCUGAUGGGACCAGUAGAUCUGACUACUUCUGUUUUGGAGAUGUGGUUGCAUUUGACACAACAUACAAGAGGAACAAAUACAACCUCCCGCUGGUUAUAUUUUCAGGUUGUAACCACCAUUCCCAAACAAUAAUUUUUGGCGCUGCGUUGGUAUCAGAUGAAACCACGGAGACGUAUAAGUGGGUGUUGAAUUGUUUUUUGGAGUGUAUGGAAAAUAAACGCCCAAAAGCUGUGGUGACAGAUGGAGAUGGGGCUAUGAGAGAGGCUAUAAAAGAGGUUUUCCCCGAUUCGACUCAUCGGUUAUGUGCCUGGCAUUUGAAUAAGAAUGCAGGUGAGAAUGUGAAGAAUUCAGGUUUUCUGAAGGGAUUUAAAAAAGCCAUGUUCUCAAAUUUUUCAAAGGAUGAUUUUGAAGAGUAUUGGUCAGAGAUGAUUAAAGAAAAUGGAGUUGAAGGACAUCCGUGGGUUAUCAAAACCUACGAGAACAAGUUACUAUGGGCAACUGCAUACCUGCGGGAUAAGUUUUUUGGACGUAUAAGAACUACGUCCCAAUGUGAAGCAAUCAAUGCAAUAAUAAAGAGUUAUGUCAGAAAGAAAGGAUGCAUCUUUGAAUUUAUGCAAAAUUUUGAGCAGGCUCUAAGAGGCUACAGAAACAAUGAACUUGUUGAAGAUUUUAAGUCAAAGUUUUCAGAACCUGUGUUGACAACUCAACUACGUUUGAUUGAGAGCAAUGCCGCUAAAAUCUAUACAGCGGAGAUUUUCAAAGAAGUGAAAGAAGAAAUUAUGAAGGCCGGUGAAUUGAUUGUUAAGCAUAAAAAGGAAAUUGGAGAUACAAAGUUUUAUACUUUGACUAAAUAUUGUCGGGAUGCGUAUGAAAGAACAGUUGUUUACGAUGGUGAUACAUUCCAAUGUUCGUGCAGGUUGUUUGAUUCUCGUGGACUUCCUUGUUCUCAUAUUUUUCAUGUGAUGAAGGAAGAACAUGUUGAUCACAUUCCUAGCACUUUGGUAUUGUCGCGAUGGACCAAGGAUGCUAAAAUUGAUUAUUUGAACAUGGUGGAUGUUAAUGAUCCAGUUGAUUCCGAUGUGAUUGAGCUUGCCCGUUUUGGUGCAUAUUGUUCUUGUUGA